CUCUCUCCUGAGAGUUCCCUUCUCCCCUCCUCCUCCCCCCCUUCCCCAUCUCAGCCUGAUGCUCUUUUCCUCUCCAACCAUGGCGAGACGGCAAAGCCAGGCUUCGCCCGCCGAGGCCGCGACCUUCGCCUACGCCCUGGCCCUCCUCUUCCUCACCUCGUCCGCCGCCGCCGCCGCCGCCGAAGAGUACGACUACUACAGCUGGCAGUCGGACAACUUCCACCAGGGGCGCUUCUACGCCAAGCAGCCGCAGUGCGUGGACAUCCCGGCCGACCUGCGGCUGUGCCACGGCGUGGGCUACAAGAGGAUGCGGCUGCCCAACCUGCUGGAGCACGAGUCCAUGCCCGAGGUCCGGCAGCAGGCCGGCAGCUGGGUGCCCCUGCUGGCCAAGCGCUGCCACGGCGACACGCGGGUCUUCCUCUGCUCGCUCUUCGCGCCCGUGUGCCUGGACCGGCCCAUCUACCCCUGCCGCUCGCUCUGCGAGGCGGUGCGGGACGGGUGCGCCCCCGUCAUGGAGACCUACGGGUUCCCCUGGCCCGAGAUGCUCCAGUGCGACAAGUUCCCCCUCGACAAUGACCUGUGCAUCCCCAUGCAGGCCCCCGGCGGGCACGUCACACAGACCCCAGCCUCCAAGGUCUGCCCUCCGUGCGACAACGAGCUGAAGGCCGAGAGCAUAAUGGAGCAUUUCUGCGCCAGCGACUUCGCGCUGAAGAUGAAGAUUAAGGAGGUGAAGAAGGAGAAAGGCGACCGCAAGCUGGUGGCGGCGCAGAAGAAGAAGAAGGUGCUGAAGAUGGGCGGGUUGAGGAAGAAGGACCUGAAGAAGCUGGUGCUGUACAUAAAGAACGGGGCGGACUGCCCCUGCGCCCAGCUGGACGGCCUGGGCGGCAGCAGCAGCAGCAGCAGCUUCCUCAUCAUGGGCCGCCGGGUGGAGCACCAGCUGCUGCUCAUGUCCAUACACAAGUGGGAGAAGAAGAGCAAGGAGCUCAGGUUCGCCGUCAAGUACAUGAAGUCACAGCAGUGCCCCACCUACCACACCGUCUUCCAGUGAUCCCACGCAUACUCACGCACACACACACACACACACACACAGAUCCACAUGCAUGCACACACUCACACGCUCUUUCACUCACACACACACACACACACACACACACAGAACCACAUGCACACACACAGAGAACCUCAUGGACACACUCACACACACUCACAGUCUCUUCCACUCACACACACUCACACACGCAAACACACACACACACAGAACCACAUGCGCACACACACACCACACAACACAUACACAGGAACUAAUACACACACACACCCACACACACACACACAGAACCACAUGCACACACACACACCCAAAUCCUCAAGCACACAUACAGGCACACAUACACACAAUUAUGCACACAAUAACACACACAGGUGCACAUAUAUGCAAACGCAGGUGCACAUGCUUACACACAUGCACUCACACAAAAAAUCUGAAACACAAACAUAAGCAUCACCUGAGAAUACUUGUGCAGGCAUGUACACACAUGCACACAUGUUACUUGCACACUCACAUGUAUGCACAAAUGCACAUUGAUGUACAUGCACCUGCACGUAUACACACACACACAAACACAUCCACAAACCAACACACAUGCUGCCCCUUGAGACACCCUAAAAACGCUGGGCUCACCUCACUGACUCCCAGAAAAAAUUCUGGCAUCAGUAGAUUAACAGCAGUAGCAAUCACGCUGAUCUCUUCAGCUUGUGUUUACGGUAUAGACUAUGGGGCAACGAGACAGGAAAGCACAUAUACUGAAAAGUCAUUUUUUAUUUUCAUACCAGCAACAAAUGUCAAUAAACGCAAAGACGUGGAGAAAAAUUGCUGCAGGUGAAAACAUUUGCAUUUUUGGUUCUAUUUGUUACUGAGUAGCAGGAGAGUGAGUUUUGCAGUAGCAGGAAAGGGGCGACAUAGAAAAGAGUAGCAUGGACUGUGGAGGUUCUCGUUGGCGGACAUUUUCUGUUUGUGAAGGCACAGCACAAGAAAACUAGAAAAAUUAUUUUUAAAAAUAAUGUCAUAACAGAAACUCCCCCCAUGCUGAUCCAUGAAAGGACCAAUAGCUUAUUUUGUAGAUAUGAGAAAAAAUAUAUAUAUCAUGUAAAAAAAAAAAAGAGAGAGAGAAGAGUAGGUUGUUACUAUGAAAACGUGGUAGGUUUUUGGGGGGCAAAGGUGUGGAAGUCCUCUUUUCAAAAGGAGGAGGGUAACUGAGGAAAGCUGUCAGUGACUGUUCUACAGAGCAGCACUCACUGUGGAACACUGCCUAGACUCCAGACUGCACACCUGGAGAGAUCCACCUGGGAGUGAUCCAUCUGGAGAGAUCCAUCUGGAGAGAUCUACCUGGGAGAGAUCCAUCUGGAGAAUUUACCUGGGAGAGAUCCAUCUGGAGAGAUCUACCUGGGAGAGAUCCAUCUGGAGAGAUCGACUUGGAGAGAUCCACCUUGAGAGUGAUCCACCUGGAGAGAUCUACCUGGGAGAGAUCCACCUGGGAGAGAGGAACACAAGCGUGGACUGUGGCGCCUAGCCGCAAGGAACAGUGGACUGGACUGAACCUAAAUCCGCCAGUUUGCUAAAUUUCUGCUCACCGUUAUUUGAUUUUCUCGUGAUCAUUAUGAAAUGUUCCUUUUUUAAAACUGAUAUUAUCAUUUGCUUGAAAUAUACAUCUUUUGGUAUGAUGGAAAUUCUACAGACAUAGCAUCUGCAUUCACCGUUGCUGUAAUGGAUGAAAAAUUGAUGAUUUUGUUUAAUCAAUAAACUUGUAAGUAGUUA